AUGAAAGCAAUCACCCUACGGAGUGGUAAACAGUUAUCUCCAAGAAUUCUCACCAAGGAUGGUGAAAAACAAGGUGGAGAGGUAGCUAUCAACAUUGAUGAUGAAGUGGUGAUUGUAGAUGAGAAGGUUUAUGAAGAAAUUCUAGAAAAGAUUGUUGAAGCUAAGGGUAAAGGAAAGGUUGGAGAAGAGAAAAAGACAGUGAAACAUGGUGAAACUGCUCCUCCCUAUGAGCCAAAGCUACCAUUCCCUGGAAGAUUCAAAAGACAGCUAUUGGAGAAAUACAAGGCACUCUUUGAGAAACAAAUGAGUGAAGUUCAUGUUACAAUGCCCAUCAUUGAUGCUUUUAUGUUGGUUCCUCAAUAUAGCAAAUUCUUGAAAGAUGUUGUAGCUGCAAAGAAGAAAGAGAUGGAGGGCAUGAUGAUCCUUACCCACGAGUGCAGUGCCAUUAUCCAGAGGUUAGAUGUUCCAAGGAAGCUAGUGGAUCCAGGAUGUUUCACCUUACCUUGUGCUCUAGGACCCAUGAAGCUUGGAUUUACUCAAUACAAGAAGUGUAAACUCUCUUUGGUGUUGGCUGAUAGAUCAGUGAAGAUUCCUGUUGUGAUGAAGAAGCCAACCAUCCAGAACCAAGUUUUCUACAUUGAUGAAAUGGAUGCUCUAGCUGAUGAGCUUCUAGAAGAGUUGGCACUUGAAGACUCUCUACAGCAUGCUUUAACAAUUGAGAGAGAAGUCCAAGUGAUUGAGAACAAAGAAAGUGAUGCCUAUGUGAAAAUACUGGAUUCUUACAAGGGGAUUAGUGGUGAAGGUCAGAAUGAGGAGCUUACAUAUGAGGCUCACCAUGCUUCCUCGGCAACUCAACAAGAGAACCUCCAAGAGGAUGAUUGGAAUGAACUCAAGGCACCAAAAGUGGAGCUUAAACCUCUUCCCCAUGGUGUAAGGUACGCUUUCCUUGGCCCUAAUGAAACUUACCCUGUCAUAGUGAGUAGUGAGCUUAGUGAAGAUGAAUUGUCUAAGCUUUUGAUUGAACUUAAAAAAGACAAGCCAGGAGUCGAGAAUGGUGUAGCUGAUCACUUGUCUAGACUGAAGAUUGAUAGUGGGAUCCCUAUUGAUGAAGGGCUUCCAGAAGAACAGAUCAUGGCAAUUGGAGUAGUGGUAGCAGUUUGUGAAACUGGAAAGAAGCUUGAAGAGGUGAAGGCAACUGAAGAGAAAGGUCCUUGGUAUGCUGAUCUGGUGAACUACUUAGCUUGUGGAAGAGAGCCAAUGGGUCUUGACGGAUAUGCCAAGAAGAAGUUCUACAAAGAUGUGAAGAGAUAUUAUUGGGAUGAGCCUUACCUCUACAUCCUUUGUAGAGAUCAACUCUAUAGAAGAGUAGUAGCUGAAGAAGAAGUUGAAGGGAUUCUCACACACUGUCAUGGAUCAUCUUAUGGAGGUCAUUUCGCUACUUUCAAGAUUGUCUCAAAGGUGUUACAAGCUGGGUUUUGGUGGCCUCAUAUGUUCAAGGACACUCAAGACUUUGUCUCUAGGUGUGAUUCAUGCCAAAGAAGAGGGAACAUCACCAAAAGGAAUGAGAUGCCUCAAAACCCAAUUCUAGAAGUGGAGGUGUUUGAUGUGUGGGGUAUUGAUUUCAUGAGACUAUUCCCAUCAUCUUUUGGCAACAAAUACAUUCUUGUAGCUGUUGACUAUGUCUCCAAGUGGGUAGAAGCUGUAGCAAGUCCUACCAAUGAUUCUAGAGUGGUGAUCAAGAUGUUCAAAAGCACCAUCUUUCCAAGGUUUGAAGUUCCAAGAGUUGUCAUCAGUGAUGGGGGCUCCCACUUCAUCAACAAACUGUUUGAAAGUCUUCUCAAGAAGAAUGGUGUGAAGCAUAAGGUUGCAACUCCCUACCAUCCUCAGACAAGUGGUCAAGUUGAGAUCUCCAACAGAGAAAUUAAUUCUAUUUUGGAGAAAACUGUGGGGACUACAAGGAAAGACUGGUCUAUCAAGCUAGAUGGUGCACUUUGGGCUUAUAGGACAGCUUACAAAACCCCUUUAGGAACCACACCUUUCAACCUUGUGUAUGGAAAGGCUUGUCAUCUACCAGUUGAGUUUGAACACAAGGCAUUAUGGGCUGUUAAGUUACUGAACUUUGACAUCAAGAGUGCCAAGGAGAAGAGAUUUCUCCAACUCAAUGAGCUUGAUGAGAUUAGACUGGAUGCUUUUGAGAACUCAAAGAUUUACAAGGAGAAAACCAAAGCUUUUCAUGACAAGAAGAUCUUGAAGAGAGAGUUCAGUGCUGGAGAUCAAGUGCUUCUCUACAACUCUAGAAUGAAGUUGUUUCCUGAGAAACUCAAGUCAAGAUGGUCCGGUCCUUUCAAGAUCAAAGAAAUUAGGCCAUAUGGGGCAAUUGUGUUAUGGGAUAAGAAUGGUGGAGACUUUACAGUCAAUGGACAAAGAGUUAAGCUCUACAUGGGAACCACAAUAGAGGAGAAAAGAAUCUCGGUUUCACUCUCCGACCCCACCUCCGCCUAG